CUAAGAGGGGCCCACUUUUAAUUGCCAAGACACACAAAAGUUGCCGUUUUUCUCAAAGCGGAAAGAUAACUGAGCAUUAAUAAUCAGAAAUGUAGUCAUUUCCAUUACCUCUCCACCGUGCAGCGCAUUUAACAGAGACGACAAGGCAACUUUUUUGUUGAUGCUUAAACAUUUCUCUCAGCCCACAGAGUCAAAGAAUCGGUCUACAAUGCAUACGAAUGACUGUUGGGCUUGCAGAGACUCCAGAGCCGAUUGUAACCGCACACGACCACGUUGUUCCAGGUGCACCAAGUCUCAUAGACCAUGUCGGUAUGGGUUGCGGCUGUCGUGGCCAAAGGCAACCAAUACGAAGCGGAGCUUGACCUAUUCCAACCAGGAUAGAUUUAGGGCUGCAAAAAGUGUCUCCCAGGCGAGCUUUGUAAAUGCGACACCAUGGGAUAUCCAGCUUCACCAUUAUCUACGAAUGAACCAAGGACUUGGUAGCCACGAGGGAUUUACCUUCCAAAGACUCGAUUUACCGAUGUCGGUAUCAUGGCUCCCAAUCAACCUAAAUUAUGAGGAAAGUGAACUUCUUGCCCACUUUAUAUGUACGGCGUCUUCCACACUGGCUAUUUUCGACCCUGACAAGAACGAAUUCUUGAGUCUUCUGGUACGACUAGCUCUUUCAGAUAGUGCACCCUCUUCGAUGGCCGUACUACAAUCAGCAUUGGCGCUCUCGUCCUUUCACAGGCAUGGUUUGCAAGGCGAUGUUUUUCGACUCAAAGCGCGCGCUCUUCGUACACUGAUCACAUCUUGCACUCCCUCUAUUGAAAGUCCCACGGUGAUUCAACAUAUUGCAGCUAGUAUGAUAUUGUGCCACCUUGAGAUGCUCGGAAUGCCAAAUGCAGUAUCCGUGUGGUUCUGUCAUUUGAGCGAAGCUAAAUAUCUAAUCGACAACGCAGGCGUUGACAGCCAAUAUUUUCAAGGCGAAUUUUCCGGACUUCUAGGCUGGGUGGAGUAUCAUAUGGUCAUGAGCCGGUUUACCAUCCGACACUGGUAUAUAAAGGAGGAGUCUAUUAAAGGAAUCAAGAAUUCCGUGCCUGUGGACCAGGGUACUUGCCAAUUACGAAAGGUUAAAGAUGUAUCGUACUGCUCACAUGAAAUUCUUCGAUAUUUGAAUUUUAUGUUCGAGAUGAUCCAACAACCGACAGACCUACUAUACCACAGCAACGAAUACGAAAAUUCCUUGCGUUGCCUCGAAAAUAGGAUAACUAAUAUGGUCCCGUCGGCGCCAGAAGGUAUAUCAGAUACCAUGCCCAGCCUGAGCACAGCCUGGGUGGCUACAAUAGAACUUUUCAAAAUAGCUGCUCUAAUUUACCUUAAGAGAGCAUCACGGAACUUUUCAGGAACCUCCCCUCGAAUUGAGGCAAUGGUCGAGAGGGCGUAUGUACUUCUCGAUGACCUUGAGGCCUUCAGUCUGGCCUUUCCACUGUUGAUCAUUGGAUGCGAGGCUCGGACAGAUGAGCAGAGAAUGAGAAUUCUAGAGCACAUCGAAAUAGCAAUGACGACAUCGAGCUUGAGGAGCCUGCAUGGCUUGCAAAUGAUUCUCCAGCAGAUAUGGGUUCAGGACGACCUUGCUGUUGAUUAUGAGCCAGACUACUGGAAUAGAUUGGACGCUGUAAUAACUUCGUACCGGAUUAUGCCGAGUUUUGUCUAAUAUAGGAAGUUCUCGGAUUAUGGAAUAUCAUGGAUAAUAGGAAACUCCAUUCAUUGAAAAUGUUGCUUCGUGGAUUCUACUAUACUUUCAUACCAGAUCGUUACAAAGACUCUUAUUCGUAAGGACCAACAUGCAGCAGGUGAGGGAUGACCGUCAUGAAUACUUUUG